AUGGCUCCUAAGGUUGCAAUCAUCAUUUACUCUAUGUACCACCACGUGGCCACCAUGGCCGAAGCCGUGAAGAAGGGUGUCGAGUCUGCUGGCGGCUCUGCUGACAUCUUCCAGGUUCCUGAAACCUUGACUGAAGAAGUUUUGCAGUUGUUGCAUGCUCCAGCCAAGCCAGACUACCCAAUUGCCACUUUGGACACCUUGACUGGCUAUGACGCUUUCUUGUUUGGUGUUCCAACCAGAUUCGGUAACUACCCAGCCCAAUGGAAGGCUUUCUGGGACUCUACUGGUGGCUUGUGGGCUCAAGGUUCUUUGUACGGUAAGCCAGCUGGUUUCUUCGUCUCCACAGGUACCCCAGGUGGAGGACAAGAGACCACCAUUGUCAAUGCUUUGUCUGUUAUUGUGCACCACGGUAUGAUUUACGUUCCAUUGGGUUACGCUAAGGCCUUCCCACAAAUUACCAACUUGGAUGAGGUUCACGGCUCCUCUCCAUACGGUGCUGGUUCUUUCGCUGGUGGUGACGGUUCUAGACAACCUUCUGCUUUGGAAUUGGAGAUUGCCACUAUCCAAGGUAAGUCUUUCUACGAAACUGUGCAAAAGUUUUAA